AUGGCCGACCAGCAGUCCGACGACCGCGCUCGCCCCUACAAGAGCCGGAGCAAGCGCCCCUGUGACUUCUGCCGCUACAAGCGAGCCGCCUGUCUGCUCGCCGCCGCCCCGCCGUGCGAGCUGUGCAGCCGCUACGGCCGGCCAUGCACUUUCCUCGAGAAUCCCGCCAAGCGCAGGAGGUGCAACCCAGACCACGACACCGACAUUGACCUCGCCCACACCGACGCCGCCGUCUCGCCUGUCGCCGCCUCUCCCGAUUCCUCGCGACCGCACAGGAGUCCCCCAGAGCUAGCCCCACCCCUCGCCUCUGACUCCGCGCCCGAUCCUUCUCAUGAGCCCCCAUCGCUGGAUGCCGGAUCCAGUCACAAUGCGCAGAUCGUCGGCCUGAGCGGCGAGGCGGAUCCCUAUCUCUUGCGUCUCUACCGCUUUGACACCAACGACCAGUGUUCCUUCCAGCAGCUGAGCAUAAGGAAUGUGGGAUUGAGUGACGGCGUGCCGGUGCAGUUCAUGGUGCAAGACAACUCCCUGGCCAGCAAAGCACAACCAGGCGACUUUGGCAAGAGCGUGUCCGCUAUCCGAGCCGAGGUCACAGGAAUGGUAGAGGAUGCCGUGGGGAAGAGGCUCAUUAGAUUGUUCUUCCGCUAUGUCCAGCCAUACUUUCCAGUCCUGUCGUACGAGCGCAUUGUUCGAACUAUGGAUUGCGAUCCCAGCACUAUUCCCACUUGCCUAUUGGCUGCAAUCUACGGUCAUGCGCUGCCGUUUUGUGUCUUUGAUGACAGACUCUGCGUUGAGGUCUACAAGCCUCCGUCUUCAGACGAUCUGUUCCAGCUGGCCUGGCAAUCUGCACUCCCUCAAUAUCACACCCCAUCCUUGUCCGUAGUUCAGACCCUUUUGCUCCUUGUGCAGCGGCGACCAACAAAUCGACACGUGGCCGACACCCCUUUUAAGUGGACCAUGAUGGCCGAGAUAUUCGCUCUGGCCCAAACGCUGGGGCUCAACAUUGAUCCUUCGAACUGGUCUAUCCCGCACUGGGAGAGAAGGCUCAGACGACGUCUUGCAUGGGCGGUAUACGUCCAGGACAAGUGGCUUAGCCUAAACUUCGGACGGAGUUCGCAUAUUCAGAUGGAUGACUGGGAUGUUGAGCCCCUGAGUCAGGACGACUUUGACAGUUCAGAUUCUCCCACUCAAUCCGUUCUCUGUGAACACUUCCUACAUUUGGUAUCUCUCACGCAGAUCGUUGCCCAGAUACAGUCGAAUCUGUUGUAA